AAUGACGGCCUACACCGGCCAAACCUGGGCGACGCUGGGUCAAUUGUGCUGCGCCCUAUGGGACUCCCAAUCACAGCCGCUUGUGAUACAGCCUAGAUUAAAACCAGGGUGUCUGCAGUGACGCCUCUAGCACUGAGAUGCAGUGCCUUAGACUGCUGCACCACUCGGGAGCCCCAAAUAACGCCUAGGGAAAGAACCAAAAGGAGAGACAUAUAUAGGGAAGGUAAUCAGGCAGGUGAUUGAGUCCAGGUGAGUCUGAUGAUGCGCGUAACGAUGGUGACAGGUGUGUGUAAUAAUGAGCAGCCUGACGACCUCAAGUGCCGGAGAGGGAGUAUACAUGAUAGUACCUCCUCCCUUAUGAGCAGCUCCAGCCGCAGGACACCGACCAGAGGGACGGUCCCGAGGAGCAGGUCGGACACUUCGGCCGAGGCGCGGGAACCUGACGAGCCGGCUGAGGCGCGGGAAGCUGACGAGCCGGCCCGAGGCGGGGGAGCCCGACUUGACGAACCGGCCCGAGGCGGGGGAGCCCAACGUGACGAACUGGCCCGAGGCGGGGGAGCCCGACGUGACGAACCGGCCCGAGGCGGGGGAGCCCGACGUGACGAACCGGCCCGAGGCGGGGGAGCCCGACGUGACGAACCGGCCCGAGGCGGGGGAGCCCGACGUGACGAACCGGCCCGAGCCCGACAUGACGAACCGGCCCGAGGCGGGGGAGCCCGACGUGACGAACCGGCCCGAGGCGGGGGAGCCUGAGGCAUUGGAGCCUGCCGAGCUAACCAAAUCUUGUGAACCUGAUGAGCCAGCUGAGGCAUCCUCGGUAGCUCCGGUAGUGGCCCUCAAAUAUGACGUCAUCUACACUCACAAAAAACAAAACAAAAAUCUCCCUGAUUGUGAGGCGUUAUUCUGUCACGUGUACACUGGGAGUCGGGAAGCAAGUUCAGGGAGUGACUUUUAAUAAUAACACAAGGAACAAAACAAGAAACAUGAGUAGCGUUCAUACAUGAAACAAUAACGCCUAGGGAAAGAACCAAAGGGAGUGACAUAUAUAGGGAAGGUAAUCAGGCAAGUGAUUGAGUCCAGAUGAGUCUAUUGAUGCGCUGAUAUGCGUAACAAUGGUGAC